CUCUCUCUCUCUAUUAUUAUCAUCUAUCAACAAUGGCGAUUCGUUCUGUAUUGAGCACAAGAACCCUAUCCGGCCUAAAGGAGACGUCUUCUAAGCUUCUGGGUUUCAGAGGAAUCCAGACCUUCACGCUUCCUGAUCUCCCUUAUGAUUACAGCGCGCUGGAGCCGGCGAUUAGCGGCGAGAUUAUGCAGAUUCACCACCAGAAGCAUCACCAGACUUACGUCACUAAUUACAACAAUGCCCUCGAGCAGCUUGAUCAGGCCGUGAACAAGGGAGACGCUUCCACUGUCGUCAAGCUGCAUAGCGCCAUCCAGUUCAACGGCGGAGGUCAUGUGAACCAUUCGAUUUUCUGGAAGAAUCUUGCUCCUGUCAAUCAAGGUGGUGGAGAGCCACCGAAGGGAGCACUUGGUGGAGCCAUUGACACUCACUUUGGCUCUCUUGAAGGUUUGGUGAAAAAGAUGAGUGCUGAAGGUGCUGCUCUGCAAGGCUCGGGAUGGGUGUGGCUCGGUUUAGACAAAGAACUUAAGAAGCUUGUGGUUGACACAACCGCCAAUCAGGAUCCACUUGUGACAAAAGGAGCAAGCUUGGUUCCUCUGGUGGGUAUAGAUGUUUGGGAACACGCCUACUACUUGCAGUACAAGAAUGUGAGGCCGGAUUAUCUGAAGAACGUGUGGAAAGUGAUCAACUGGAAAUACGCAAGCGAAGUUUAUGAGAGUGAAUGCAAGUGAGUUCGUUAUAAGAUAACAACAUAAAGAGAGGAUACAGUUCCCGGCUCGGCUUUGUUUUUAUAAGGUUGUCUGAAACAAACUUUACAAUGUAUCUCUUUGGUCUUUGAGUUGGCUCAAUGUGUGGUUGCAAUAAUACACGUUUUCCAAAAGAAUUUCCUAGAAUAAAAUUUUCUGCGAUGUUCAUAUUC